AUGGCGAGGGUGACUGCGCUCUUCGUUCCAUCAUGGCGGGCGGACGCUGGCGAAGCGGUAGCUUCCGCAGGCCAAAAUCACGAGUGCAAAGCGCAUCCGCGGCCGCCGAGCGGGCGGCUUGGCGGGGUAUUCGCAAACGAACGGAGGAGGCGGACCCGCGAGGUGGAGGACCGGCGGCUGCGGGGUCCGCAGAGGUUCGCCGCUCCGGCCGCGCCGUCCCGAACGCGUCUGCAGCAAAGGGCGCCGCGGAAGCGCGGGCCGCCGCUCUGCCCGCCCCGGCCGGUCGCCGAGCCAUCGCCGCCGCCGCCGCCGGAUCGGAAGCGGCGGGGCGAGGAGGCCCGGGGGAGCGCGGCCCCGGGGCUCAGGGAGGCGGCGGGCGCGUCCCGGCAACGCAGCAGCCCCGCGAGGCCCGCCGCCGCCCUCUCGGGCCCGAAUGCGCAGGCGCGGAAGGACCGGCCAGGCGCGCAGGCGCGGGCGCCCCGGGUCACGUCCUCGGAGGAGCGCGUCGGGCGCGCGCACCGCCUGCUGAUGGCGCAGCUGGGCCAGCCGCACGCGCAGGUGCGCCUCGCCGCCCUGCAGGUGGCCCGCGAGCUCUUCGCCCGCUCGCACCGCUUCCGCUCGCUGCUGCUCGCCGACUUCCAGGAGUUCCUGGCGCUGGCCGCGGGCACCGACCUGGCCCGGCCGCUGCCCGCGCCGCACGACGCCGCGCGGGGCCUGAGGCGCGCGGCCAUCGGCGCCGUGCAGGAGUGGCACGAGCGCUUCGGCGGCGCCUACCGGCAGCUCGCGCUGGGCCACCGCUUCCUGCAGCGGAGCAAGAAGGUGGAUUUUCAAGACAUACACGCCAGAACUCUAGCUGAGAGAAGGAGAGAUGAAGAGAAACAGAAACGACUGGAUGCCAUUUACAAAGAUAAAGCCAAAAAAGCUGAGAAGGAGAUGGAAGACAUGUCCCAAGAUAUCCAGAUGGUGCUGACUGAGAUGGAGAAUGGUUUUCAGCUUUUGAUGCCAGAUCCGUUUGAUUUCGUGGUGAAUGACACUGGAACGGCUGACGCCAAGGUGGACAGACCUGCUGCCUGUUCACCUGUGCAGGUGGUGGGUCAGCAGGGACCUUCUCUGGAGGAUGAGAGGCCUUGUUGCAGUAAGGACCUCCCUCCCAUCCCUCGGGGCCCGAAAGCGCCUAGCAGAGACUUGACGGAGGAGACAGAGGGAGACAUGGACACACAAGACGGCUCAGAACCCGAGCUGACUUCUGGUGGCCCUGGCGAAGAUGACGAUCGUGAGAGUUUUGUUCGGAGUCAUGGUCUCGGCUCUCAUAAAUACACUCUCAGCCUUGAGAUAGCCACAGAUGUGGAACUACAUGAAAAUGAAGACAAUACAGCGAUAGUAAGUAAUGUCAUGGAUGCUUACAAGCUCAUCAGAAACAAGUUCUUGCCUUCUGUACAAUCCUGGAUUCAGUUGUUCACAAGGGCCGGGAUAAGUGACGAUCGCCUGAGACGAGCUAUUGAUCUUAGAAGUAAAUUGGAUACUGCUGUAGAGAAACACAAGAAAAUGAAUAUCGAAUUUAAAGAAAGGAACAGGAAAGCGGGGAAGGCUGUGGGCGAUGAUGACAGCAGCGACGACGAGGAGGAGUUCGUGGAAGUGCCGGAGAAGGAGGGCUACGAGCCCCACAUUCCAGACCACCUCCGUCAGGAGUACGGUUUGGCGCCCGUAACAUCACCUAAGUCUUCAGCAAAACAGACAGAGAAAAAGGCAUCUACGGUAACCUCCAGUUCCCAGGCUAAGAGAAAUGAAGAAGAACUUGAUCCAACCUGUGCAGCUGCAACAUGGAAAAUUAUCCGAGAUAAAUUGCCUAGAUUACAGCCUCCAGAUGACAGGAAUCCUGACCAAGCGAGCAGGAAGCGCGAAGAGGACGAAGCCAAGGCUCCUGUGGUGCCGUUUGGAUUGGACAUUCUUUACUGGGGCCAAGAGCAACCGACUUCCGGCAGGAUUCUUAAAUUUUCUUCUCAGCAUCGCUUUUGGGCACCCAACGAGGUGGAAGAGGAAGUGGAAAACAAAGAAAUUGCAGGCAUGCUGAAGAGCAGGCUCAUGACGUUCGCUGGCACUUUUGACCCAGUGAAGCAUAAGUGCCGGGCACCCAUGCCUCACGGAGGCCUCUGUGAAAGGCAGGAUAGAUUCAAGUGCCCUUUUCACGGAAAAAUAAUCCCCCGGGAUGAAUCUGGGACUCCUGUGAAUCAAGAAGAUCGAGACAGGGAAGCAAAGAAACAGUGGGAGGAAAAAGAGCAGCACCCAGAGUGGCGAGAUCCAGAGGUCAUGAAAGAAGUGGAAGCGGCCACUGGCGUCGACCUCGGAUCCUCUCGGUAUAGCGGAAAAGGAAAAGUGGGGAAGAAAGGGCAGAUGAAGAGGAAGAAGUACCCGAACCUGACAGAUCUGAGGCAGCAAGCGGACACAUCCCGGGCCCGCCUGGAGAGGAAAGUUUUCAAUAAAACAGCCAUGAAACGAGUGGUGAAAGCAAUGAACCGCGUGGAUCAAAGAAAACACGAGAAGUUUGCAAACCAGUUUAACUACGCCCUGAACUGAACAUUGAAAUGUCAAGACUGAGAUGACACUUUGCCGGGCUGUGAUUCCUAAACUCCACAGAUAAAACAUCUUAUUGGAGUGGUAUAAUUAGUAUAAAUUUGGAUAAUCUAAUAUAUUUGAAAAUGAAAGUGAAUAUUUAUUAAACAUUAUUUUCCCCAUUUGUCUGUGUGCAAAACCAGUCCCUCACAGUUGAUAACUGUUUGCAUUUGGGGUGAAAUAGAAGAAAGCUUGUAAGAAUACCCAUUGUUUUUUUUUAAACGUCAGUGGACCAAACAGUUUUAUAUUGUGUGCUCAAGAUCACUUCCGGGGCAAAUUUGCUCUGGCAUUUGGCCAGUGGUGGCGCAUGCUAAGAGAAGCUGCAGCUGCGACCACAGGUUCCCCCACCCGCGCCUCUAGCCCCCCCCCCCACCGCUGGCCACCAGCCUGCGCCACGCUCCCCAGUCAUCCUGGGGGCCGUUACGACGGUCUCGCCACUGCUCCACAGUUGAAGCUACCUGGGCGGCUCUCAGCCAUCUGUAAAACAGACAGCAAAACUGCCAUUAGAAAAUAGUAAGAGCAGAAAAACUGUUAAAUGGUUAAAAACGGCUGAAAUAGACAGAGCGACUCCAUCGGAGGCUGGGGUGGGUGUUCCCCACAAGCCCACGGGGGGGUCUUUAAAGCCCCCGGAAAAGAGGGCCCUCUUAAUCUGGCACCAAGGAGACGACUAAUUUGGGGCCAGGCCGGCCUCAGUGGAGAAGCCGUUCCAAAGGCAGAGGGGCGUCACUGUGAAAGCGCCCCCUGUUGCCCCCCCCGAGCUUUCCCCGGAGCUGGCUCUCGGAGGGGGUCCCCGGGGCUGGGGGUGGCCCAGGCAAGCUGCAGGAGGGAGCGGCACUCAGCAGGUAUUGGGGUGCCUGGCCGUGUGGGGCUGUACAGGUAGAACCAGCACCUUGAGUCAGGCCCAGAAGCGCACAGGCAGCUGCACCUGCGGGCCAGAACCAGCCAGGUGCCCCUAGUUUACCUGGGUGCCGCAUUUGCAGCAGCUGCGGCUUCUGAGCCAUCCCCGGGGCCGCCUCGCAUGGAGGGCAUUGCCGCGGGGGGGGGUGGCGGAGGGACGGGGACCUUCCCCUCCCCAGGGGACUCCGGUCUCGGUGGCAACCGUAAUAGGUAGCCGAGCUCUGAGCAACACUUAUUUUCAGAUGUGGGAACGAGUCAUCGUGUGGGAAAUGAUACCAUAGGAGCUGUGAACAGUGGGAUUCGUGCGACGUGCUGCAAAGAAAAGUCACGCUGGCCCCCAAAGCUGGGAUCCAUCCGGAGGGACGGGCACUUGCUCUCUGAUGCACGCCAGAGCUUCUUGGUUUUUUACCAAAUAUGUGUAGUCUUUUACUGAAAAAUGAUUUAACAGAAAAUUAACCUAGUAAUUUAGUAUUUUAUAAUACUAAAUUUAGUAUUUUAUAAUACAUGUAUGUGUGGAUAAAAACGCUCACGAUUCUUUCUUGUGAUCCUGUGAUUUAGCCUUUCUGCUCACAAUAGUUCUCAUCCGGUUGCCUUUGAUCAGCUGUGCUCAGCUUUGUCAUUUCAUAAAAAGGGUAACAAAACGGGGCCUGGAAAGUUCAAAUGUAAUUUAUGUAAACAUAAAUACAUGAAAAAUUCAUGUUGGUGUAUGUUGACAAUAUUUUCUGCAAAUGAUUUCUAUAGUCCAUUUUGUAAUAAAAUCUAUUUGUAAGUAA